AAGCUUUCUGUCAUUUGUUAUGACAAGACUGACACUUAAAAAAAUUGAUACGAUUAAUGAGAAUUCAUGGAAUAAAUUAAAUUAAAAAUAAUGGAAAGAACAGCAAGUAUAGCGACAUGUAAAAGAUGUCAAGAUAAAUUUGAUAAAAGGGGAAUGAUAGAAGGUCCGGACCAUGUUUUAUACUGCACAGAUUGUUUCAAAAACCUUUAUUGUUCAGCUUCAGGAGAUUCGAAAUCUAGAGAAUCAGCAUUUGAUUUGCAUGAAAAACUCAUACCAUAUCCAGAAAUAUUUUCCUAUCAUAAACGACCAGAUUCGCUCAAUAAAAAUGGAAGCCAUAGUACAACGUCGUUAUCAAAGAGACCUCUGCAAUGUCCAAAAGCAGAUUGCAGCAAAUUCAUAUCCCUGUUCACCCUUGAAUCCCACUUUAAAUACGAACACAAGGAAGUGCCCAUCAUAUUCACGCAAUUAGAUGCCCGCAGCGCAUUGGAAUUCUGUCCCAGAGAUGUCAGAUAUAACAUAACGCAAUGCAUUGUUUUAUUGAAUGUUAUCAACCACGAUUUUUCCAACAUCUUUCCCAGAACUAGUCAGUAUGGUAAAGCCAGUCUACAGGCAACGGAUACUAAGCCAGUAAUGGUAUUGCUGGCAACUAGGAUAGCACAAUGUCACUUAAAUCAGUUCGAAGAUGAAAGAACUUACAAUUUCGAUUGUGACAACGAUAAAGACGAUGAAGAUUCUAAUUCGACCUUGACAAACGCUGAAAAUGGUCCCUUACUAAGAGCUGAAGACAAAAUCAUAAUAUGGUUAGCAUCCAAUAUUUACACAAAUCUCAGUUAUACCAUAGCCGCUUCUACGCUGUCUAACAAAAUUAGACAGAAAUAUUUUGGACCAAUGCUUACCCUUGGAGACAGUCCUCUAGAAUUGUGUAGAAACGGUAUGUGCCUCAUAUUGACCCAUUACCACGUAAACGGCAUGACAGAAAAUGGUACAAAACCGUUGUCUUUGGAUGUUGUGAUACACAGUCCUGACGAAUAAAUGAUUUAAAUUUUUGACUAAUAUUUAUUUACUGAUUAGUGUACU